GAGUCUCAGUGUGGACAUGCUGCUUCAGCACUGAGCCUCCAAACCACCUUCUCUCUCCUUCUCCUUACAGUGCACCAUCCACGCCUUCCUCCUCAGUCAGCCAUGGGAGUUGCGUACAGUGUCGGAGAGGUUGACCACCUCUACACAUUCUUUGUGCAAUGGUCACCGGAAAUCUACACCAAGGGCAACAAGAAGCGCCGCCACCCCCACUACCUCAUCAGAGAGAAGCAGCAGAAGCACUACCUGGUGGGGGAGAAGAACAAGGUGGCCGUGAUCAACAAGCUCCUCAGUAACCCCGUCAACCCGGCUGCUAACAACUGGGAGAUCAUCACAGUGAAGGACCCCAAACGCCGCCUGAGUCUGUGCAGCUCGGAGGACUCUGAGGCAGACGAGCCCGACUACCAGAGAGAAGAUGACGAUGCCCUGCCCGUCCUGGGUGACGAGAGCCAGCUGGUGGAUGGCUACCACCUUAAGAGGCUGGCUGCACACUUGCCAGCAAGGACCCAGUGCCAUCCGUGGCAGCUGGUCUACAGCACAGCCAUCCACGGGAGCAGUCUGAAGACUCUGUACAGGAACAUGGCGGGCCUGGACAGCCCUGUGCUGCUGGUCAUCAAAGACAUGCACCAAAAGGUAUUCGGGGCUUUUUCUUCCGAUCCAUUCAAAGUCAGUAAAUACUGCUACGGUACAGGAGAGACCUUCCUCUUCAGCUUCAACCCAGACUUCCAGGCAUACAGGUGGAGCGGUGAGAACUCCUACUUUGUGAGCGGCAACCUUGAAUCACUGCAGAUUGGUGGAGGAGGGGGCGGUUUUGGCCUGUGGCUGGAUGCUGAUCUGUACCAUGGUUCGAGUUUCUCCUGUCCCACCUUUCACAACGAGUCUCUCUCCACACAAGAGGACUUUGUUGUACAAGACCUCGAAGUCUGGACCGUACAGAACUGAGAAAAAGAUCCAACUGUCCUGCCCGGGGUAAUAGAAUUUCUAGACUCCAAUGAGUACAUGUGGUUUAGCCACUCCUGUACAAAACCUGAUAGAAUGGUUGCUACGGUCUGUGCACCAGGCACAGACCAGCCCACAUACAGUCUGAAGACUGUUCGAGAGGUUCUUGGACUGUACUUUGUUGUUAUGCUGGUUUGAUCUUUGCCUGCUAAUUCAGCUGGUUGGAUGAAAUCCUGCGAUUCAGGGUCCCACUGCUCUAAACUGUACCGGCUAUUCAUCAGUAGCCCCGUGCUAAGCCCAGUAAGUAACUGGCAUCUGAAGCUUUAAGCCCUCCGUGCCCUCCAUUGGGUGUGGGGAGCAUUAUGAUACAAAGUUCACAGUAGCACCGUUGGAUAGAAAGUUUGUAACAACUGUAAGCACAUUCAGUAUGUAAGGAAAAUGCUUUUUUUUUUAACUUUGUCUGUUGAACAACCAAAUGUGUGAUGUGAGAUUUUAUAGCGUGUGGUUUUUACAGUUUGUAACUCUUUGUGUGUGAGUGUGCAUACGUCUGAUCUGCUGUCAUGGCCCCAAGGUUUAUGAAACACAUGCUGUAAUGGGCCAUAUAAAUAUUUAAGACAAAAAAAGUUAUAUAAGGAAUUUAUGGUAAAAACACUGUAGCACGAUAUGGCCCACGGUGGCCUGUCGGGACUCUAACUGUACUUCUGAGAUUUUUCUUGUGUGAGGUUUGCUCUUUUGUUGUCCAUUUGAAAACUACAGCUGCAGACGGAGACCUGUCCGUUCAGGUAAAAAAAAAAAAUAAAAAAAAAUAAUAAAGGUAUAGGAUUGCACUAUAAACAACUUAUUUUCUGUGAUGUGUCCCAUUUGUAGAGGAAGCAACCUCAACUGUUAACCGUCACUUCUGUUUUUUUUGGUGAUACACCUACCUGCCUAUUUCCAUAUAUGGACAGUGUAUUCAAGAUAACAUUUCAGAUCGUUUUACUAUCUAUAUAUUUAAAUGUAUUUUUAAGAAAAUUUAAACAGUUUGUUGCUGUAUGUCUGUUUCUUUUUACAUUUCUUUAUGUUUGUUUGCCAGGCAGUGCCGGCACUGCCAAUGUUGUUUUGUGGAACCACAUUAAAACUUUGUCUCUCCAGGUGAAAGACAAGGUUUGCAAAGCAUUCAUAUUUUGUUAUGAAUAAACCCUUAAAACAUCACCUUU